AGCUCCCCCCGCCCGGGCCGCGUCGGGGAGCCCGGGCAGCUAUAAAAGGCGCAGCCGGCGGGCUGCUGCCGCAGUGUCCUCCCGCCGGCCGGCCGGAUCCCCGCUCCCCGCACUCCCGGCUCCGGCCCGCAGACAUGAUGAGCUACAGCGCAGACGGGCUGCUGCAGGGCCCCACGUACCCGCUGCCCCUGCCCUUCGCCCUGGCUUCGAGUCGCAAGAGCGCCGUCCUGGCGCGCUCGGCUGCCGGCGGCUCUGCGUCCAGCGGCUUCCACUCGUGGGCGCGGAGCUCCGGCUCGGGCUUCCGCUCCCGUGGCGCGCUAGCCGCCUCGAGCACCGAGAGCCUGGACUCGCUCAACGGGCCGGGGCUGGGGGGCGAGGGCCGCGGGGCGCGCAACGAGAAAGAGCUGCUGCAGGCGCUCAACGACCGCUUCGCCGGCUACAUCGACAAGGUGCGGCAGCUAGAGCUGCAGAACCGGCAGCUGGAGGGCGAGGCGGCCUCGCUGCGGCAGCAGCAGGCUGGCCGCUCUGCCAUGGGCGCGCUCUACGAGCGUGAGAUCCGCGAGAUGCGCGCCGCCGCGCUGCGCCUGGGCGCCGAGCAGGGUCAACUACGCUUGGAGCACGAGCGGCUGUUGGAGGACAUCGCGCACGCGCAGCAGCGCCUCGACGACGAGGCGCGCCAGCGCGAGGAACUGCAGGCGGCGGCGCGCGCUCUGCACCGCUACGCAGACGAGGCGGGCUUGGCGCGCGCCGAGCUGCAGAAGAAGGUGCAAGCGCUGCAGGACGAGGGCGCCUUCCUGCGCCGCCGCCACGACGACGAAGUGGCCGAGCUGCUGAGCCAGAUCCAGGCUGCAGGGCCCCCCGACAGUCGCGACCUCGUCAAGUCCGACGUGACGUCGGCGCUGCGCGAGAUCCGCGCGCAGCUCGAAGGCCACGCGGUGCAGAACACGCUACAGUCGGAGGAGUGGUUCCGAGUGAGGUUGGACCGCUUGUCGGAAGCCGCCAAGGUGAACACGGACGCCAUGCGCUCGGCUCAGGAGGAGAUCACCGAAUACAGGCGCCAGCUGCAGUCCAAGACCACCGAGCUGGAGGCCCUCAAGGGGACCAAGGACUCCCUGGAGAGGCAGCGCUCUGACCUGGAGGACCGCCACCACGCCGACGUCAUCUCCUACCAGGAAGCCAUCCAGCAACUGGACAGCGAGCUGAGGAGCACCAAAUGGGAGAUGGCGGCCCAGCUCCGGGAGUACCAGGACCUGCUGAACGUGAAGAUGGCCCUCGACAUUGAAAUCGCAGCCUACAGAAAACUUCUGGAAGGAGAAGAAUGUCGAAUUGGGUUUGGCCCAGGUCCCUUCUCUUUUCCUGAGGGACUCCCCAAAAUUCCAACUACUUCCACACACAUAAAAGUCAAAAGUGAAGAAAAGAUCAAAGUGGUAGAAAAGUCAGAGAAGGAAACAGUCAUCGUGGAAGAACAAACUGAGGAGAUCCAAGUGACUGAGGAGGUGACUGAGGAAGAGGAGAAGGAAGAAGAGAAAGAAGAAACUGAAGAGAAGGAAGAAGAAGGUGAAGAAGAAGAAGAAGAAGAAGAAGAAGAAGAAGAAGAAGAAGAAGCAACAUCUCCAGAGAAGGAAACCAAGUCUCCUCCUACAGAGGAGGUUGGAUCACCAGAGAAGGCCAAAACACCAGAGAAGGAAAAGGUCAAGUCCCCCCCUGAGGCCAAGUCUCCAGAGAAAGCCAAGUCCCCAGUGAAGGAAGAGGCCAAGUCUCCUUCUGAGGUCAAGUCUCCAGAGAAGGCCAAAUCCCCAGUGAAGGAAGAAGUCAAGUCUCCAGAGAAGGUCAAAUCCCCAGUGAAGGAAGAAGUCAAGUCUCCAGAGAAGGUCAAAUCCCCAGUGAAGGAAGAAGUCAAGUCUCCAGAGAAGGCCAAGUCCCCAGUGAAGGAAGAGGUCAAGUCCCCCCCUGAGGUCAAGUCUCCAGAGAAGACCCCAGUGAAGGAAGAGGCCAAGUCUCCAGAGAAGGCCAAAUCCCCAGUGAAGGAAGAGGCCAAGUCUCCUCCUGAGGUCAAGUCUCCAGAGAAGACCCCAGUGAAGGAAGAGGCCAAGUCUCCAGAGAAGGCCAAAUCCCCAGUGAAGGAAGAGGUCAAGUCUCCAGAGAAGGCCAAGUCCCCAGUGAAGGAAGAGGCCAAGUCUCCUCCUGAGGUCAAGUCUCCAGAGAAGGCCAAGACCCCAGUGAAGGAAGAGGUCAAGUCUCCAGAGAAGGCCAAAUCCCCAGUGAAGGAAGAGGCCAAGUCUCCUCCUGAGGUCAAGUCUCCAGAGAAGGCCAAGACCCCAGUGAAGGAGGAAGUGAGGUCCCCAGCAGACAUCAAAUCCCCAGUAAAGGCCAAAUCCCCAGAAAAGGAAGAUGUAAAGUCUCCUGAGAAAGAGGAAGAUAAAACUCCAGAGAAAGAGAGUGCCCCAAAGAAAGAAGUGGUCAAGUCCCCUGAGGCACCUGUAAAGGAGGAAGGGAAACCCCAGGAGGUUAAAGUAAAAGAGCCUCCUAAGAAAAUAGAGGAAGAAAAAGCCCCAGCCAAAGUAGAAGAAAAACAGGACAGCAAGAAAGAGACCCCCAAAAAGGAGGCUGAGGAGAAACCCAAAGAGCCUCAAGCGGGAACCAAGGCAGAAGGAUCUGAGGCCCAGAAGGCAGCCCCAAUCCCUGAGCCUCCUUCAGCCCCUGCAAAGGGGGAAACCAAGGAAAAGGAGCCAGCUAAGCCCCCAGAGAAAAAGGCAGAGGAGAAAAAGGGCCCAGAGCCCCCCAAGGCAGGAGGCGACGCCAAAGCCACCAGCCAGCCCACUGAGAAGGGAACAGAGAAGCCAAAGCCAGAGGAGAAGAAAGCUGAGGAGAAGGCGACGGAGCCCCAGAAGCCAGCAGAGAAAGCCCAGGCUGAUCCCAAAGCCAAAGAGGAGGACAAGGCCCCUUCCAAAGAACCCGCCAAGACAGAGGCCUCUAAAGCCAGCAAGCCCAAGGCUGAGAAGGUGGAGAAAUCCUCCGGCACAGACCAGAAGGAGAGCAAACCCUCCGAGCAGGUGGCCGACGACAAAACCAAGAAGGCCGAUAAGUAGACGGAGGGUUCGGGAAUGGAAAAACACACCAGGAGCAGCCAAAGAAACUCGAGGCGGGUUGAUCGACUCUAAUUUAUUUGAUUUCUUCCUCCCACAAGAGACUGUGCUCAGACAGCAGGGCCCUCCUUUUCCCAACUGGAAUUCCUGUUAGCAAUACACUAGGGAAAGAGGGAGAGAGGAAAAGCAGAUCCCCCUCCCUCUGGACCCCCCCACCUCCCCCAACCCCACCGCCCUCCCCGACGAUGGUCAACUAUGUUAUGAUAGCUUCUAUAGCAGAAUGUGAUAUAUGCCGAAUGCCACUUGUAAACACUUGACUAUUUACAACUGCCCCCCCCUCCAAAUAAGUGCAUUUAUUUCCUGUAUGUGCAAUCAGUCGAUGGACAGAUGCAGUCAUGAAUGUACACACCGUUAGAGAUGCAUUAUGCUUGAGAUGUCUUAAAAUGGUACAGAUGCCUUCUUUGUGCAUUUCCCAAAGGAAAUCUGCCGGCCCCCGUGCAGACCCAGCUCUGCGGCAGGGUCAGCCACACAGUGUCAAUCCCGCCACAAACUCAGAGGAGCACCGUUCAACUUGAGGCCACUUUCAAUUGCUUCCGUGCAAUAAAACAAGAGUGCUUAUAAAAA